AUGGCCAAGUCUUCACCCCAAGCCCAGAUCCUCCUCAACGCCGGUCUACCGCCCCACCAGGUCCUCGUACCCGGUGACCCAAACUUCGCCUCCCGUCAAGCCUCGUACUGGUCGAGAAGUGUUCAGGCCCUGCAGCCCGGCUGUAUUGUGCAGCCAGAUUCCACGCAAGACGUGGUCACGGCUCUCCGAGGUCUCACAGCGGCCAAUAUCCCGUUUGCCGUUCGUGGCGGCGGACAUACAGGCUGGGCCGGCGCAAACAAUAUCGGACCAAAUGGGGUAACUAUUGAUUUGCAUCUACUUGACCAAGUGCAAGUCGUGCAAGAGACGAAACAAGACCCAACAGUAAACCUCGGCCCUGGCAACCGCUGGGCGAGAGUAUACACUGAGCUUGCGAAAGAUGGUCUUGCGGUAGCUGGUGGCCGUGAGGGCAACGUCGGUGUCGCAGGUCUUCUCCUAGGCGGCGGAAUGGCAUUCUACACGGCUCGGUAUGGCCUCGCAUGCGACAAUGUGGUCGAGUACGAAGUCGUCCUGGCUGAUGGUCGUGUCGUGUAUCCUCGCGAAGGAGAGAAGGAGCAUGCGGAUCUGUUCCGAGCCCUGAAAGGUGGCGGCAUUAACUUCGGUAUUGUCACGAAUUUUCGAAUGCGUACGCUGCAGGCGAGCCCUAUUUGGGGAGGCAUGACUGUACAUCCGAAGGAGAAUACACCCGAUGCUAUUAAGGCUUUGGUCGAGUUUACAGAUGGGGUCGAGAAGGAGCCCGAAUUCAAAGAGGUUGUUGUGGCAGGUGCUCUCAUCCAAGUCGCUGGGGUUGAAGAAGCACCUGCAUACAAGAGCUGGCUCAAGAUGCCCACCACAGCCAGUACCUGCAAGCUAACAACAGUACCACAACUCGCAGUAGACUACACUCAAGCGCAGGGAUAUUAUAACGUAUGGUUCACCGCCACAUUCAAGAACGACCCUCGCAUCGUCUCAAAGGCAGCAGAGCUCCACGAAGAUCUCGUUGCGCACCUAAAAGCCCUCAUCCCCGAUGGAGAUUUCGUCACGCAAUGUCUCUUCCAGCCGUUUCCCACGCUCUUUGGCCAGCUAUCAAAAUCCAAGUCUACUACCGGUAACAUCCUCGGCAUUGAUAAGCAAUCUCACAGUGCUUUGCUGUGGCUGGCUGUCGCGCAAGUACGUACCCCGGAGCUGGAGAGUAUUGCGCAUGGCCUUGUUGGUAAGUGGGUUGAGGCGGUCAAGUCGUUUGCGGCAUCUCUCCAUGACGGCAAUGGGAACCUACCAUGGAUGUAUCUAAACUACGCGGACGGGACUCAGGACCCCCUGCCUAGUUACGGACCGGAGAAUCUACGGUUCAUGCGGGCCGUAGCGCGCAAGUAUGACCCUAAUGGUGUUUUUCAGACGCUCUGUGAAGGAGGAUUCAAACUGGCGCGUGCAGGUCGGGGGACUGAGCAGGUAGGGGGAGAUAUUGGCAUUGUUUCGAGGGAGUCAAAGAUUUAG